GGGGACACCUUUUAUAAAAGACUGCGACCCGACRAAACGAUCAUCAUACGUGCUGUAACCCCUGCAAAAUGAGAACUCCUUUGUCGUGGCUCAUAUUUCUGGCGGCCCUGCUAGUUGAGGCAUACGGUUGGAGGUCGGACGGCGAAGAGUGCGCUCUGCCUCUAAAACACUUCAAGUACAUAUCGCCAACUGGUUAUGGUGAAAAAUGUAUUUCGUAUACUAAUGUUUCCGAAGCUUUUCGCGAAGCAUGCAGAGGAGUAUUGGGCAUAGAACCUGGAACCAACGAUCUAACGGACAUUCAGUUGGAUAAUUUAGGCGAUGUAAUUCAAGAAACAACGAGAAUUUUAUGCGAAUGUAUAACGUUUUUGUUUGCCGCCUUUGGACAGCUCAUCGAUCACGAUCUCACUCUCACCGCAGAAACCAAAGACCCGAUAACCAGACAAGAGAUCAAGUGUUGUUCGGGAGCCAACAAUCCGUAUUGUAUACCAAUCAAUGUGCCGAUCGAUGAUCAGUUUUUUGUGGGCAGUCAUCGUCAGAGAUGCAUCGAUAUGAUAAGAUCGCUGGCCGGUGUCAAUACUGAUUGUCCUCUAGGUAAUCGAUUUACUAUAAUAAACAAUAGUAUAMUGAAUAGGGCCCAGAUUACAAUGCAAAGUUUAUUAAUUWAAAAAAAAUCAUCUUCCUCGUCGUCUGAACCCGAAUCAGAAUUAUUUAGUGUUGUUUCUGUGUCUAAAGUUGGUUCAUUUGGAUCAUACACUUGUGCUGCAAGUGACAAUCGCGUGAACGAACAACUGGCUCUGGGCGUACUCCACACGAUUUUCGCCCGAGAACACAACCGAAUAGCCGAUGAACUGUGCACGGUCAAUCCACAUUGGGACGACGAAAGACUUUACCAGGAAUCUCGAAGAAUCGUCGGCGCGAUGAUCCAGCACAUUACUUACAACGAGUUCCUACCGAAACUGUUGGGAAAGUUCACGAUGAAAAAAUACGGUCUGGAGCUGUCGGCACAAGGGUUUAGCAAUAGCUAUGACCAGGAUGCGGACAUCACCGUACCUGCUGCCUUCGGCGCUGCCGCAUUUAGGUUCGGUCACUCGCUGUUGCCCGACGCCAUGGAACGCUGGAGUUCCGGUCACAAGUUCUUAGGUUCCAGGCGGUUCAGCGAAAUGUUCCAGCAACCGUAUGAUCUGCACAAGCCUGGCUGGCUGGAUCAGUAUCUACUGGGCAUGGUAAACCAACCAUCCCAGGCCAUGGACGACGCCGUGACGUCUCAGGUCACCAACCACCUGUUCCAGGAACCGGCAAACGAUUAUGGCAAGGACUUGGCGUCCAUCAACAUCCAACGGGCACGGGAACACGGGAUACCCAGCUAUUCGGCCUGGCGGCAAUACUGCAAGCUACCGGCAAUCAAGACGUGGAGCUCGAUGCUGACGGACAUCAGUAACGCCACGGUGAAGGCGUACUACGACCUCUACACGACUCCCGAGGACGUGGACUUGUGGUCGGCGGGCGUGUCGGAACGGUCCAUUGACGACAGCAUCGUGGGACCGACUUUCGGGUGCAUCAUAGCCAAGACGUUUAGCGAUUUGAAAAAGGGAGACAGGUUUUGGUACGAGAACUCCGGUCUACCGAACUCGUUCACGUUAGAAAAAAUGACACGAUUGUUACCGUGUUUUAUGAUGAAUCUGGUUCCUGGUGGAUUUGCAAUCCUGAUUUCUGUUAUCAAUGUUUAUGAAUUGUUACAUUUUGUUUAA